UAAUUUUGAAGUGUACAGUGCGCUGUCGGACUUCCAGCGGGUUCACUACUUGCUGUCAGUGCAAGAAAGCUUUUGCGCUCACGGGAAAAACACUUGCGUUAUCUACUGGAAGGCGACUUUAAAAGUCAAGUUCUAUAACUAUAGAUGCUAAGAAUUGAAGACAGUAUUUUGUUUUUCAAAGCAAGAAGAACAAUUUACUAACUUGAUUUCAGGCUGUAUUUAUAGCUGCAUCUUUAGGAGUGAAAUGGAUGUAAUUCCUAUGUGCAGCAUCUUUCAGGAGCUUCAGAUUGUUCACGAUACCGGAUACUUUUCAGCUUUACCAUCCCUUGAAGAGUAUUGGCAGCAGACAUGCUUGGAGUUGGAGCGGUAUCUCCAGAGUGAACCCUAUGUCUCGGCAACAGACCUCAAGUUUGAUAACCAGGAGGACCUGUGGAGCAAGCUGAUCCUAGCCUGCGGUGAUAAGGCCCAGGCAGACCCAAAGAUCCCUCACGUCAAAGAGGAGGACAAUCAGGACAGCCCUCACCUCGAGGCCAGCAGCUUCCACUCUGACGCCAGCAGCGAAGCAUCGGACUGCUCCGAGGAGCUCUCGCCUACUCUCGACUUCUCCUCCAACCCUCUGAGUGAUAUUCUGGGUGAAGGAGAAGAUCUGAGCUCCACAGUUAUAAGUACUCCGCCAUCUUCUCCGGAGGCUGGCAAAGACAGCUCCAUGGCCCAGGUGUGGAGUGGGAUACAGACUGUGCUGCAUUCGCCUGGCAAAAUACGGACAGGGGGGAUUGGGCGCACGCUGGAAAAGGGAAGCUUGGCCAAUGGAGAGGCUUCUCCAGACGGGAGGAGGCGGGUGCACAGGUGUCACUUCAAUGGCUGCCGGAAGGUGUACACGAAAAGUUCCCAUCUCAAAGCACAUCAGCGCACACAUACAGGUGAGAAGCCUUACAGGUGUUCAUGGGUAGGCUGUGAGUGGCGUUUUGCACGGAGCGAUGAGCUAACCAGACAUUUCAGGAAGCACACAGGGGCAAAGCCAUUCAAAUGCAGUCACUGCGACAGGUGUUUCUCUCGUUCGGACCACUUGGCGCUUCACAUGAAGAGACACAUCUAAAAUGGCCACCACUCAACAGACAGAUGAUCCUGACCUGUGGGUGAUCGAGGCUGAAGACGCCCAGAGAGAAAGAGAGAGAAGAGCAGCACGCUUCUGCCAGAGGCAGGCCGAUAUCUGUACCACACUUAGUGCCUCAGAGACCUCACAGAGGAGAGUGCUUUGAAAGAUCAACACAUACUGGAAAAAUCACAGACGGAGGAGAGAAUGAUAACAUCAUCAGUUUUGAAGGGACGAGAAGAGAUGCUCUUUGAGGAGUACCAUUGGAUGCACGAGGGGCGUGUUACACCAAUGACAGUGCGUUUCUUUGUGUGUGAGGACUUUGAAUGCCUGGGAUUGGGUGUGUCCGUAUGGAAUGGAUGGGCUUGUGCUUGUGGGCUGAAUGACGUUGACAGGGUGAUAUAUUCAUCAUGGUUUUUAUUGUGUCAGUGUGGGAUGACUGCAAGCAAAGGUGUUGCUAAUGCUGUUGUGUGGACCAGUGAGUCUCGAGGUGGAGGAUUAGGGGGUUCAGCAGUGUUUUGAGGCUGUUUGUUUAAGAGGUAGUGCCCCCUAUCGACAGGAGGAGGAAACGCAACACUCUUAAAAGGAGGUUGUGGUGUUCGAUGCAGCUAUUAAAUGUGCAAUGUAUUAUGUAGCCUGUCUCAAAAGUACAUGCUAUGAAGCUCAUUUGUUGUCCAUUGUGUAAGCUCUGUAUCUUAAGGUUGUACACAACAAUAUCUCAAUUAUAACAGAAGUUGCAUGGGAUUCUAGGGCUUUGGUCACCUGUUUGCUUAUAGGAUGCCGAUUCCCUUAUAAAGAGCAGCUACAUCCAUUUUACUCCAUAUAACAGUAUUGUACAGAACAUGAGGCAGAUAUGUUUUUGUUUGAUUUCCUUAUAUAUGUUGGAGACACCACUUUCACUGUCCUGAUCAUGGAAUAGCUGUUCUCUAUUCCAUUUGAACUCAUUUGUGACACCCUAUUUGUAGGACAAGCCUAUAAAUGGUUUUCACAUGCUCAACUAACUACAACAAAUGUUCAACCCACUAUCAAGUAACCUUGACCUUUACCCUAACCUUAACCAGUUGCAUAUAGAAAAAGUGGCAGUUGGAAAUUGUUGACAGAUAAAGUAGCUUCAGAUUAUCCACAUGGCUAUCCAAAUAAAAUGUGGCCCCUUUUUGCUUUUUAAAAUUUCUUGUCCUCCUCUUUUAUAUCUGUAAAUGCACUGUUGACCUAAACGAUGCCUUAUGUUCGUGGCCUUGACCAGUUAAAUACAUCACUCACAGCGGGUUGAACAUGCAGUAGUGUGGGAUUGAAUAGCUUUAUUGAGGCUCUAAUUCAUAAUGGUCGCACCUUUGCCCUUGUCUAGCAAACGAUCUUAAGAUUCUUGAAUAAAAAUCAGCUCUAUAUUUA